AUGCACCGGUUGGGAUCACUACUCUCUCAUAAACCUCUCUUAACCCCUUUAUCUCCUCUAUAUUCACUCACCUCAUCCUCCACUUUUAGCUACUCUCCUAAUUCCACAGAAAUCUUUUAUGACCAUCUCUUAAAAUCCUGUGUUGGGUUAUCUUCUCUCAAACAAAUACACUCAGCUCUCACAACCACUAGCCUUAUCACUAAAAGCCUUCACUUGGGUGCCCAGAUUGUCACCAAAUAUGCAAAAUUUGAUGACCUUAACAGUGGAAGAUUACUGUUCGAUAACAUUAAUGUUGCUUGUGAAAAACCCAGUUCUUUCCUUUGUAAUACUAUGAUUAGGGCCUAUGCAAAUGCUGGUCAAUGUUUUGAAACGUUAAAGUUGUAUUCUUUUAUGCGUAGAACUGACAUUUUUGUGAAUAAUUACACUUACCCAUUCGUGUUCAAAGUUUGUGCUUUGAAUUUGUUGGUUCGUGAAGGGAAAGUUGUUCAUGGAGAUGCUUUAAAAAAUGGGUUCGGUUCGGUUUUAUACGUUGAGGCUGCUUUGGUAGAUAUGUAUGCAAAAUGUGGCCUUUUUGUUGAUUGUCACAAGAUUUUCGACGAAAUGUCUAUGAAGGAUUUAGUUUGUUGGACAGCAAUGAUAACUGCUUUAGAAAAGGCUGAGAAGCCUGAGGAGGCACUCAUUUUGUUCAAAAAGAUGCAGCAAGAAGAGGGUCUUCUAGCAGAUUCGGUUGCUAUAGUGAGUGUUGCCUCUGCUGUUGGUCAAUUAGGAGAUGUUAAGAACGCUCAAUCAGUUCAUGGUUAUGCUGUUCGUAAAUCAUUGAUUGAAGAAUUAUGUGUAGGUAACUCAAUUUUAGCUAUGCAUACAAAAUGCGGGAAUAUGGAAAAGGCACGUUUGGUUUUUGAUAUGAUGGUGGAAAGAGAUGUUAUCUCAUGGAAUUCUAUGCUUUCAGGUUACACUCAAAACGGACAAGCCAGUGAAGCUCUAUUACUUUUUGAAGAGAUGCGUGAUUCGGAUUGUGAGCCUAGUCCCGUUACCGCAUUGAUCAUGGUUUCAGCUUGUGCUUAUUUGGGUUCCUGCCAUGUUGGAAGGAAAUUCCAUGAUUUUAUCAUUGAUAGCGGAAUGGAAAUUAACACAAAUCUUUCAAAUGCAUUGGUGGACAUGUAUGUUAAGUGUGGAGACUUGGAAAAGGCUGUGGAUUUGUUCAAUGGUAUUCAUCCCUGCGAACGGAAUGCUAGUUCUUGGAAUGUCUUGAUUUCGGGGUAUGGCAUGCAUGGACAUGGGAAAGAAGCAUUAGGACUCUUUUCAAGAAUGCAGGAAGAAGGUGUCGAGCCAAACCACAUCACUUUCACUUCAAUUCUUUCUGCUUGCAGCCAUGCAGGUCUGAUUGAUGAAGGUAGGAAAUGUUUUGCAGAUAUGAAAAGGCUAUCUGAGACAUUGGAGAUUAAACACUAUGCUUGCAUGGUCGAUAUGCUUGGCCGAGCCGGGUUUUUGCAGGAAGCAUUUGAUCUGAUUAAGGAAAUGCCAUCACCUCCAAGUGAUGGAGUAUGGGGUGCUCUGCUGCUAGCUUGCAAAAUCCAUGGGAACAUGGAAUUAGGGGAAAUUGCAGCUAGUAAUCUACUCCAACUUGAGCCAAACCAUACAGGAUACUAUGUGCUAAUGUCUAAUAUAUAUGCAGCAUCAAACAAAUGGCAAGAAGUUGGGAAGUUGAGGCAAGAUAUGAAGAAUAAAGGAUUAAAGAAACCUGCAGCCUUUAGUGUGAUCGAGUAUGGUAAAGAUAUUCUUGGGUUUCACACAGCUGACCAAGAAAAUCCUUACAGGCAUGAAGUUUACCAAAAGCUGGAAAGCCUAGCAAUUGAGAUGAAGAUGGCUGGGUAUGUACCAGAUCUAUCGUGUGCUCUACAUGAUGUGGAAGAGGAAGAUAAGGAGCACAUGUUAAACUAUCACAGUGAGAAGCUAGCAGUAGCUUUUGGUAUUCUGAAGAUAGACCCAGGAAUGGUAAUUCGGGUAACAAAGAAUCUUCGUGUUUGCAAUGAUUGUCACUCAGCUUUCAAGUUUAUCUCCCACAUUUAUCAACGAAAGAUCAUUGUAAGAGAUGCAAAUCGGUUCCAUCACUUUCAAGGAGGUACCUGCUCGUGUAAGGACUACUGGUGA